UUGAGAAAGCAUUCACCCUCUGUGUGUGUGUUUGAGUAUUCAUGUUUUGCAUCGUCUUUUACCUUCUCUCCUGCUUUGCCUAUAAACUUGUAUUAUUUCAAACAGCUCGGCAGCAAACUGGAGAGCAGUUUUACUAGAAAUGCUGAUUUAAGUCUGACCGGACAGCAUGCAUCCGAAACAAGAGGUUUAUCGCCAAUUCCUGGCUAGAAAGGGCAGCUAAAGGACAAGAGGAGUUUUAGACUUUCCUCUGAGUUUGAAGAGCUAAGCUAAACUUAACUUGUUAUUCCCUAAAAUUACAAAAAAACGGCGUUUAUCCGUUCACUUCUGCGAUCGGGGCGGGAGGAGGAGAGCAGCCGGAGCGGUGCUGCCGUAUCGCUGGAAAUUUGGGUUUUUGCUUCGGGGGUUUGAUGGAUUUGGGCAAAGGCAGAGCCCUCUAGAGGAGCAGCCCUACUAUUGCUGGGAUUGCAGUUCUCGGAGCUGUGCGUGCCGCCUUCGAGCUGUCUCGAGUUGAUUUCUCUCCUCCCAGCAAAGGAAAUGGGUGAGAAAAGAAUGCUGAAUUAGCUCUAAUAAAAACGCGUGUCCUUAGAAAACUCCAGCUUGCUUUCCCAAACACCGGGGAACGUGGAACAAAAAUAGCUCUGGAGAGGUUGUUACACAGCCGCCAUGGCACAGAUAUGCAAACCGAUGCUUAACUUUAAGUGGAGAGAAGAAAGCUUUGAUGGUGUGAUGGCUUAAAGAAGUUUAAUUUUCUUAAUGCCUUUAUCCCGCGACUAGCAUACAGCAUUGCCUCAAUGCAUUGCUGGCUCUGUGUACAAACCUGCUGCUGCUCCUUUUUGGCAUGAGGAGAGCAACGUUAUGAGCUCCAGAGCUCUGCCACCGUGCUCUCCGAACAGAGAGGUCUGUGCAAUGCCUGCCAUGUAGAAACACACAGAGAAGUGGCCAGUGAGGUGCCAAGAUGGAAAACUGAACUCAUUUUCCAGGUAAGAGGCUGGGGCUGCUGUCCAAACAGAUUCAGAGUGGGGUUUGAGCAAUGCUGUGGGAUUACUCUGAUUCCUGAGUCACUGGGACAUUUGUGAGCAGGGCAUUAUGAGCAGGGCAGUGAGGUCUGACAGGUCAAGGAGCCCAGGGCAUGUGGGAGCUGGGGUUGAGGCUCAUCCCCUCCAGCUGAGAUUAGGUGCUCUCCUUUCUAGCAAGCUGCCUUUGAAAGUGGUGCAGGUCUUCCUGAAGAAAAGUGCUGCAGGAGAGCAAAGUCAUCCCUGACUGGUGCUGUGUUCUGAUUCCUAUGUGCUGCUCCUUGUCGUUCGUGUGGGAAGUGCUUUUCUCCCUGAUGGGAAGGCAUUGUCUUUGCCUCUAAGGCCCUCUCCUCUGAGCAUGUAGGUACAGGCUUAGUUGCUGUGAAGCUCAGGUCUGUACAGCUGAACACGGAAAUGUGGAAACACUUCAGCCCUGAGCACCCAGCUUUGCAGGGAGAGCUGUUCCCUGCACCCACCUGGGUCUCUUUGCUUCCCAAGGAUGCUGAGCUCUAGCCAUGGGUGUUAGAGUAUCAGGACCUAACAGCCUGUAUUUGUGCUGUUGGCUUUUCUAGUGGGAGAGAGCCCAGAAUCUCUUCAAUGGCUCCAAACUGCUGCAGUGAAGCAGGAACCACAGGUUUGAUUUGGUUUGGUUUGGUUUGGUUUGGCUGCAUUUGCAAUAUAAGUCUCAGUUUCUCCCUAAGGCUGGCAAGAGGCGAGGCAGGAACUCUGUAGCCCACAUAUAAAAUAAUUCCCAUGUGCAGAUUGUAUCUUCUCCAGAGUCAUCCACAAAAUUGGGAAUGAGUUCCCCAUCCCCAUAAGGGACAACAAAGGGAAAUUAUCCUUUCUCUUGCAGUGGUCCAGGACUGUGGCUCCACUCUGUUUCUUCGGUGAUAUCAGAAAGGAGUUGAAUGAGAACUAAUCAAAUUAAAUUUAAAGGCCAUGCAUUGUACCACUCCCUUGUUUACAGCAAAGCCUGUCCCUUCCCAGGCUUUUUACAUUACACACAUUAAUCUGCUCUAUGCCUUGAUUCUGGGAAGUGUGUUUGAUAUUCUUCCCUCCCUGUAUCCAGUCAUCUAUUGGACUGUCACCCAAUGAUAAGAUCAGAGGCUUUAAAACUUUCUUGAUUUUUCAGACCCUACAACAUUUCCUGAGGAGAUGUCCUCAUCCCAUUAUUUUCAGGCUACUGACAACAGGCUCGGUUGGGUUCUGUUUCUUGUUGUUCACAUUCGUAAAAGUAGUGCAAGCUGCGGACUGAGAACUGCUGAGAUAGAUAGCCAGCAUUUUGGAAUGGCAGGUAUUUUUCCUUUGUGUUUAGAUGGUGCUGAGUGUGAUGGAGCCCAUAGACUCUGCCACAAAACAAGGAGUAAGUCAUACUUUAGCCAUAGUUACUCAAGACUCGUGGGUGAACCCCACCACUGAAAGCAGCAGUUCUGCUGUUUCCACUUCUGUCUGUAACCUCUGUAAGGUGUUGGUCGCUGUGCUCAUGAUAAAAGUGAGAUUAAAUAGAUACCUUGGGAGCGAGGCUGUUGAAAGUGGGAAUCACAGGGUUUGUGGGGGUAAGGGGAUAGGGUCAGGCUUCAGGAGAUCUGUGUGUCACAAGUGAUUUUACCAAACUGGGAGUGAAACCUGAAUUUUAGGAGAGAGAGGAGACGGAAGGAAGGCAGCUGUUUGCAGCAGGAUCAAGCACACGCUGCAGGUGUUCAGGAAUGCAUUUGCAGAAGCACUUCCUGCAUAAAGCUGGAAGCUGAGCUGGGUUGAAAUAAAACAGUGUAUUUGUAUUUUCUCUUUUCUUGUUCUUGUUGCAUAAUGGGAUAUUUGAAAUGGGGAGUUUGAACUAGUUGACCUUUUAUGUCCCUUCCAACCCAAGCGAUUCUAUGUUUCUAAAUGGAGAUUGCUGCUCUGGGCUGGUUGCCCUAUACUGAUGACUACUGGAGAAUAAUGUGAAGGCCAACAUCUUCUGGUCUUAAUUUAUCUGAACAUGUCUGCUCUGCCCUGGAAUGAGUAAUGGAAGUAUUUGAAGGUAAAUUUCUGGUCAGGUAAGGUAAAAAUAAUCGAAACGAUUGCUAGAUACAGUAGGCAAUAGACACCGCCAUCACCGCCAUAAGGAAAUGGAAGAGUAUUAAAUUGAUAUUUCUUUUCCAUGUUUGUUUGGGGAAGAUUAUUAUCAGGUGCUGGUGAAAGAGCAUUUAGUGCUCCAUUAAUAGCUAAGGACUAGGUUAAAUGGCAACCACAUAUGUCAAAUAUUUUAUAAUUAGCCAAUCAAGGCAAUUUAUAGUCAAGAGUUUCAGCGCUCUUGGAAUGAGAAACAUGUUGGGCCAUUUCUGCUGAUAUAUCACUGUGGGACAUUGGAGAGGUUUUAGAGGACUAAGAAAACUGGUAUCUGCUUGUUAUUUAAAAGGAUUGAGCAAAUGGUGUGGGGAAUACCAAGACUGUUACCUUGUCUCUGUCUCAAGAAAGAAAUAGUGGACGCAUCACUUGGUUUGUGAUUUAAAAGGACAUGAAAUUAAUGCAUUUAUAGCAAACAAGCCUUGUCAAAUCAAUUUGCUGUUGCUCUCCAGUAAGAAUAAGCAACUCCUCAAUGUUACUGAUUUCUGAAAGCAUUUGAUUCAUCAGAGGUGAAUUUAAGUAAAUAAAUAAAUAAAAGUAUAAAAUCAACAUGGUGCAAAUUGAGUGGUUCUAGUUGAUUAAAGAGAGAUCUCAGAAUGUCACUGUAAACAAAUCCUUGAGUCUCAUUGCAGGAAAAUCCUAUGGAAACAGGUUAAAUAUUGAUUUGUAUUAAGUAUUGCUGUUGAUUUGGGGUGAAACAGAGAAUCAUUGAUGACUUAAUUUGUAAGGUUAGAUCCUUACACAGACUUAGAUGAUUGAGGGUAUGUAGACAUAUAUAAAUAAUGAAGAGGACAGUCCAUGGACACAGAUAUGCCUUGAUCUCUGCAUGGGAACUGGGAGCAAAUGGGCAGAAUGUAAUUCAAUGUGGAAGGGCAAAGGGUAGAGCUAGGAACAAAAUCAGAGGCUGAUGAGGUAAUGAAGACCAGCCUGGAAAUUCAUUAUUUUUCAUUAAGUUAAUAACUUCAUAUUGGUACUGCAUUAAAUUAUAGUGCCUAUAGCAUCAUGAAUGAAGACAAUGAGGUUCUUUACAAUUUAUUCAAAGGCAGGAGCUGGGGAACAUCAAAUACAGCCAGUAGAAUCCGUGUUCCUAAGAAGAUACCACUGCUCACAGCAUGUAGUUAAGCCUUGAAACUUCUCAAGGAACUUGGUUUAAUUAUAGGAAAUGAUGGUUGUGGCUGACAUGGUUGCUAUAGAUACGUAGGUUGCUCCGAAAGUAAUGCUCUCAUUUAUUUCUGUGGAAACUACAGCAGAAAAAAAAGCACAAUAACACUAUUUGAUAGAGCAAAUUCUCAGCUCCAAACACGAUUUUUCAGCGUAGUCUCCUGGUCUCAUAUUAGUAUUGUUUCAAACCUAUGAAACACUACAGAUGUCUCAGAUACUCCAGGAAACAUCAGAGAGCUCUAAAUACCUUUGUGCAUGAUUGAUUUAAGCCCGAGGUAUCAAUUUUUACUACGGUGUGUAAUUGUUCAAAGAAGUUACUAGGAGUUAUUGUGGAUUCUCCACUGCUUAAAAUCAAGGUGGGACCUUUUUUUCUAAUACUUACUUGAAAGAAGACUGUUUCUAACAGAAACCUGGGCCUGGGUUUUCCUUCAUGCAUGUAGCUAUACACAGUGAUCUCCCAUUUUCCCACUGCCAGUUGUAUCUUGAGCACUGCACUAUGCACAGUCACUUUGCUAUUUCCAGCCCCAGAUUCAGAACUUUCCUCAGUUGGAUUGCUCUCUUUGUACUGUGCUUAUUUCUGCUCAGUGCAGACAAGUUAGCAAAAAAAUUUCAGUCCAGGUUUUAGUGCCCAUCCAAGCAGGCGAUUUUGGUAGGUGGAGACUCAAGGCAGCCAUUCCAUAUAGGAAAACUUUGGCUUAAGGCAAUGAUGCAAAACACAAGAGAGGCACUAGGAGGAAUCACAGUAGUCAAAAUCAAACAAUCCCAGUCAGUUUAAAGUUUGUUACCUUUCAGAAACUGGCCGUUUGGUUUCACCAGGAUAUAGCACUGUGGAACAGGUGCUGUAGUACUCAAAGACAUAUGGGCUCCUUUAACACAUACCAAGGAAGAAUUUCCUUGAUUUCUUCAAAUAAUUUCAGGUAAUUUUCCAGCUGUUGAGGCAUACCUCAGAGUGAACCAUUCAUGUACACAGUGACUGUGGUAUGUGACUGAUUGGCGCAUGCCAAAGAUUGGCAAUGAAAGUACUAACCAAGAGCAAGUAAGAGAAAGCCUGUAUGCAUUCAUGAGGCUCUACAGACUCUACAUAUGCAAAAAUGGGUGUAAGUGCAAACUAAACAGGAAGCAGAGCUGGAAAGCUUUGACUGGAAUUUAGGGGGCCAAAACUGGCAAGUAAAGAAAGUACUGUAUAUCCCCUGGAGCAGUGGUCUUCUGCAGUCAUAACCUCAUCCUCUGUCUCAGCAAUAUCUCUGACGUGGCUUGGUUAGAAAUGUGAACUUGGAAGUCUGGUCAGCUCAUGGCUGGUGAAAUCAGCUGUGACAUGGAUGAGACGGAAAGACCAAAGGUACAAAGGCGUAAGGAAGAUACAUUCAGCCUAGAGCUCAACUCAGAAAUUGCCACUGAGAACCACCUACAGAAGAUCCAUCAAGCGUUGAUGUUGAUCACCUUAACACCCAGAUGGUAGGCAGCCACUGGGCUUGUGUGUAGGAGGACAGUCUCCAUGUGGCCAUUGAUAAGCACAGGGGAUAGGUAAAAAGGCGUAUCUUCAGCAUGCAUACCCAGAGCUGAGCCAAGGUUGAAAAGAAAGGGCAGUCAAGGGGAAUGAGUUUUAAAAAGGAAAUAGCACUGAAAUAUUCUUGUGAAAGUCCAAAUCAAGAUGUCCUUUUAGAACAAAUGCUAAGAAAGAGGAACUCCAGAGCAUUAAGGCCAGCCUCCCUUCUUUCAUAGAAGGUCAGCCUGAGGAGAUGGGUGAAAUAUCACCAGACUCUACACAGAUGACUGAUCAAGAGAUGGAGAGAUUUGCGGUGUUUGGGAGAUUAUAAUGCUUCAGGAGCUGUAUGACAAAAAGAAUCUUGCUGGCAGAAGUUGCAAAGAAGGGUCAGGAAGCUGAAGAAGUCUGAGGGGCUGAGAGUAGAUUGGUGGAGCUGUAGCAUGGAUCAUUGACCUAGUAAAGCAAUUGUAUGUUAUUAAGAAAGAAGAGAUCUCACAGACAGGGAAAAGUGGAUCCUAGGAAGCAAAAACCCAUUAUGACGGCCUUCGAAAUUCUGUGCAUUUGAGCAUUCUGAGCGAAUUCCUCAAUGUGUUCCUUGUUGGAGUAUUCAGAAGGUAUAUUCAGUCUCCACAAAGCAAGAGGGACAGUAGAGCAGAAGCAGUGCAAGAGGCUGAUCGCUGACAAGUUCAGAGAUAGCAAGAAGAAGAACUUCAGUUGCAUAAUUUCAAAAAGUCAUUUGACUUAAUGUGUUGCAAUAGCUAUGUGGCGUGCCCUAGGGCUAUAUGAUAUGUGUAAGGAGCUGCUGAAAAACAUUAUGAAGAGGUGAGGUCAGCAGUCCUGGUCAAGAGCAAGCUGAACAACUGGUUCAUCACAAUGACUGGUAACAGACAGGGUGACCUGAUAGUUCACAGCGACUUCUGGAGCUGCCUGUAGAAAGUGAAGGAUGGAGUUAUAGUCACCAAAUAUUUGGUGCAAAGUCAGACAAGGAGAUCAAGAGCCUCAGGAUAAUCAUGUCUUUUGGUGGUGCCAGUUCAUCAGAUGUGCCAAGUCAGGUUGCUGUGUCCCACGGUAAGUGAUGCAGAUUAAAAAUUGAUGUAGGCCAGACAACAACCAGGAGGAAAGGCAGAACGGAUGAGAACUACACGAGCAGGUAGCAACAGGGCAGACAAGAUGGACAAUCCUAUUUAUCUGAGAAAUUUCAUCACACAGAACAGCAAUGAAUAUCUCUACGGUGAUCUGAAGGGGGGUGCAGCUGAUGCCAGUGGAUGUAGACCACCUGAAACAGUCACGAAGAGACCAAGAAAAAUGGAUGCAAAAAUCAAGCUAAUCAGCAGUCCCUGUUCUUACUCUGUGUGAAGAGAAAUGGAUUUUCAGGAAGUCAAAUCACAAAAAAACCCAGUUGGUAUUUGCAACAAAUUAUUAGACUGUCAAACCAUGUCAGAAAUAAAACAGUGUGCGAUAGAACUUAAAGUAAGUCAGUGAGGUGCGCAAAUUCCUGUGAUCUGGCUGCUGGAUGGCUGGAUGAUCACUUCUGAGGUACCCUGCUAUGGUAAAGGGAAAAGAACUAAGAUGGUGGUGGUAGGAACACAAGUAUCACUUUUCAUUUUGAUUUUUUUUUUUUCUUUAAAAUUUUGUCAACAGAAAAGCAGGCCUUUGGAUACUGAACUUAUACCUACCUUUGUAAGAUGAUGCUUCUUAACCAUAGUUCAUAGACACUUUGGGUCUGUGGUAUGUGGACCUGAGAAGGAGAAUAGAUGACAUAAGGAAAUGAGUCUGUAUUUGCUGAACACAGUGGUGUGCUUAUAUGGCCACUAGUCAAUGGGACAAAAAAAAAAAGGGAAAAUGUCUCUGAAAAUGCAAGUGACAUAGACAAGGUAACUGAGAAGGAAAUAUAAGUCUUUUACAUGCAGCAGUUUCAGGUUCAUCCUUGGGCAAUAAAGCCACCUGGAGUUUCCAAACACUGGACCUGGACCUAUCUUUGUCUGUGACACCAGGUCGCUCUGAUGGACCAGAUGGAGGGAGUUCUGCCAGACAGCAAUCAACACCAAGCAAAGAAGAGGCAAAACCACAUUUCCACAUUCUCCUCUUGAUGAAUCUGGGACUCACACCAAGUCUCUAGAUCCCUUGCCCCUUGGGGCAGUGGGGAAGAGUAGAUCUGGUAUGCCAGCUGUUGACGGAAUGACUUCUUCUGGUCCAGGUUCCUGGUUCACCACAGAGGAUCCAAUGAGGAAACCAGUGCAUUCGAAGCCGCCUGUGUCACUGGGUAUGUACAGGAGCAUGUACAAGAAGGAGUACAAAUGGCAUGAGGAAAACAAACCACCCACUGAGGAGGACGUGAAGAAGCUCAGAGCCAAGGAGUUUGCCGUGCCCCAAGAGCCACAGGCAAUGCCAUACUAUGACAAAGCUCUCGGGGAAGGGAGAGAUGUCACACAAAGUGAGAAGGAAGAAGGCACUGACCUCAGUCCCAGUGUGCUGCAGCAGGCUCAUGAAGAGCAAAGAAAGCACUUCAGUUCAGACCUCCCCCUUGCAGAAAGCUGUGCACCAAAGCAGUACCUCACCACUGAACUGGCAGCAACCCAGGUGGACAGACCAGAGAGGCCACAGGCUCUCAGUGGGCAGGAAAACGAACUGUCUUCUUCCCAGCACCUUCAAGCUGCUGCUGGUGGCCCAGGAGCAACAGGGAUGUUGCUGUAUAGGCAGAAGCUGGAUCCCACCUGGGGUACCUACCAGCACUUCAUGCUGGAGACAGGCCAGGCCCUGCGAGAUGAGGCUCAGCAAAACAAGAAUGUGGCCCUGUCCUCAUCGGUUUCGGUGGAAGAGUGCUGUGGCCAUGACCGCAGAAGUACCUACAGCACCGACUUCCAGCACCAGCCUGCAGCCUGCACUGGAAGCUGUAUAGCAAAUAAGAAUCUAUCUCACAUUUUCACUGAAGAUGAACGCUUCCACCAGAACCACUGGGUGUCUGAGUACAAGGACAACUACAGCAUUUACUUGCAGAAGCUGAACUGGGCAUCUCAAGGCCACGCUGCAGAGCCUGGCUCUGCCUUGAAGCCCCAAGGGCUGCCUUCCCAGAGUGAGGUUUCACCAGACACAGCCCAGUGAGUGCUGCUGCACGCUCCCUGUUCUCCAAGCUGAGGGAGAUUUUCCACCAGAGAUCCUGGAAGCCUGGAAACCUCUAUUCCAAACCCACCGUUACCAAACAUUUUUAAAGUGUCCAGCAGAAACGUUUUUACACACAUAUUUCAUGAAGAAACCUGAGCUUUCCUCGUUGUCAGAAAUAAAAAGGGUUUUUUUGGACAGUGCAGAACUAAAAGCACUCAUCAAAGUAAAGUUUAUGUACUUAUUAAAAAAAAAUCUGUGUUCAUUUACUGUCUUAAAAGCCUUCUGAAUGUUACUGAGAGCAGCCAGCAUUGAUUUUGCUGUGUGUUUUUGGGGUUUAGGGUGAUAUCUAGGAUUUGUGGAAGGAGCGAGGCUGCUAUCAGCCUGAAGGUGGCAUUGCAGGGCUGCAGAUGCAUGGAAGGUUCUGGGAAUGACUGGUGGCCCUGAUCCCACCCAGCUCUGCUUUGGGAUCUUUUGAGUGGGCACCAAAACUGUCCUAGAAUAGACAGUGUAGA